CCGUGGAGCUGCCAUGUGCCGAGACCCACCAUUAAAAGAAAAAAAAUGAAAUCCCCCUCCAAUUCAUCGCAACGCCGGCGCUCCAACGGCUAGUUUCCCCAAACCGGCCGCCCCUCCACCUGCUCACACUCCCCUCCGCGAUCUCAAAUCCUUCCGCAGCCCAAGCCACCCAACGCUCCACAAGGCACCAUCAGAGCCGAGCUCAGCUUCCUCCCUCGCCGCCGCCGCCGCCGCGCCCCGCGAGCUCAGCUGCCAGCUCGAUCGCCCGCCGGCCGACGCCCCGUCGAGGAUCCAGAACCGCAUGGGGAUCCCGUCGCAGCACCCGGACCACGAGGAGGAGGAGGAGUACGACGACGCCGUGUUCUACGAGGACAUCCAGGCGCCCAAGUUUGUGGACCUCACCGUGCCCGACGCCGGCCGCCCCGACGACGACCCCGCCUGGUUCUGCCUCCGCGUCGGUUGUGACCAGAGCCAUGAGCAGGUCGACCCGGAGGCCCUGGACCGGAGCUUCUUCAUGCGGGUCAUGGCGGCCCGAAGCCCCAACGUGCGGCUGCAGAAGGCGAUCAGUAGAACAAAUCAGAGCUCGAUGCUGAAAUGCCCUCAUUCCGCGCCGCCGAAGCCCCCGAGGGCCCGGUUCGCGAGAUUGAGCGCGGGGACGGAGGCCACCGAGAAGGCAGCGGCGAAGCCCAAGCCAAGGGUCCAGCGGAUAUGCGCCCUGCGAGCGUCCCCGACCCGGACCAAGGCCGCGAGGGUCGAAGCUCCGAGCGCUAGGAAGAAGGCACUGACGACGCCGCGGAGCAAGACUGUUCGCCCGAGGCAGGAGCCGUUCCUCAGCGUGAAGCACCAAAAGGGGCCGGUCGAUGGGGCGGCGAGAAAGGGAACGGUCGUCAAGGCUCUGUUUAUGAGCACGCCAAAGAAGGAGCCCGCCCGGACGCCGGACGCAGAUAAGAGCAAGAGCAAGGAGGCGGUGUCCGAGGCCUGUUCCAAGCUGAGGAAGCUGAACUUGGCGUGCAGGGAGGUGCCGAGCAGGUACAUGUGUCACCUGACGAAUCCGAAGGCUGCCAAGAAGGGUAAAGAAUCCGUGGCGGCGAAGAGCGCAAAGAGGGGGCAAGAAUCCAGGACGAAUGCCAGGAACAAAGUUUUAGGACGCUCGGUGAUGUAUGCUGAUGCUGAAGCUGAUGAAGAGAAAAGAAAUGGUUGUGCUAACACUGCUGCCGAUGAGAACUCACGUACAGAAACUGCAAGCUCCAAUAAGCAGCGAAAGGUGGUGCUGAAAGAAUUGAGAAUUGAAGCGGAUACAUGUCGUGCUGACGAUGGCAACAAGGAGAAUGUGUCAAAUGCUGACCAGGCGGUUGAAGAAGCCUUGAACAAUUCACAUUCUGAAGAUGAAAACAGACAGUUGGAGAACAACGAGAAUGUUCCUCUGAAGGUAGCUAAAAUGCAGAACAAAGUGCAUCCAGAGCAAGCAGGAAAGCUCAAGAAAACUACCAAUCCUAGGCCCUUCAGGCUGAGGACUGAUGAAAGGGGAGUUCAGAAAGAAGGAAAACAAGAAAAAAGGCAGGCCUUCGCAGAGAAGAACUCCAUUGCAGUAGAUGCAAACAGAGGAGUGAUGCCAACGGACAAAUACACCAAAGCAAAGGGACAAGACAAGCCGCUCUGUGGUGACAACAAACAGAAGAAACAAAGCACACAGAUCGCCAUGGGUGGUCAGCAGCUCGGUGAGGCCAAGCGGGACUUCAACAGCAUCCGGUGCAAUAACACUAGACCUGCAGUGACGAAAGGCAAAGUUGUUGAUAAAUCACAAAGAGCUGCUAAGGUUGCAUCAACAACAAGAACGGCCAAGACAGCGAGUGGUCUCAUGGCGCCUACUCAGAUUGGAAAGGGUAGGAAAGCUUCAGUGAAGCUAUCAAGACUCCAAGCAGCAGCUGCUUGAGCGAGUGGACGAUAGAUCAUGGAGGAAAGUCGGGAAACUGUGACAAAGGUUUUAUUGUCUGCUCCAACGACGAGCUCUGUAUUUACCGCUUCAGAUUCGUUUCCUGAGUGUUUGUAACAGUUUUUUUAGUGGAUUUUGUUGACAGUUGACAGCAGGAAGGAUGUGAACAGUUCUUUUCUGCAACCUUUUGUGGUGAAUUUCUUCUGCUGUGUACCCCCACCACAAUAUUCUUUCUGUAACAUAUUCCGGAAUCGAUUCUUUCUGUAACCUGUAAGUUAAACUGGGGAAAGGAGGCCCAGCCAGCCCAUGAGGCGUUUUUGGAGUG